GUAUUUAAUCAUGGCUGCAGCUGAAUGAAUGUACGAGUGUUCAGAAACAUCUAACGAAAUUAAUUAGGCUACAAUAUGUUGAAAUAUUAAGAGGUAAAGAAAAUAACGCUAUCCGUGCACUGUUAUCCAUUAUGACGUUUGCAGAUAUUUUUCGAAUCAGCAAGAUUAGGACACCAGGAAAUAAAAUAUCACAUUACGAGAUUCGCUUAUGCAAAGUCUGUUCUUUGCCCGCGUGGUCAGACAUCGGUCUGUCCCCACCGCGAGAACAAAAAAGAUGGCUAAUACUGUGGAUGAGGACGAGCAACAACCAUCUGCUGCUGAAUGUAAGAUCAUCAGAGUUACUGUGAAAACACCAAAGGAAAAAGAGGACAUCGCCAUUCCAGAGAACAUCUCCAUCAAACAGUUUAAGGAGCAGAUAGCCCAGCGGUUCCAGGCACAAACAGAGCAGCUGGUGCUCAUCUUCGCUGGGAAGAUCCUCAAAGAUGCAGAUCUGCUGAGUCACCAAGGCAUCCACAACGGACUGACCGUCCACCUGGUCAUCAAGACCCAGAGCAGGCCUCCGGAGUUGUGUGCCUCUCCUUCCAACAGCACUGCCUCAGAACAGGCCCAACCAGAAGGCCCUACCUCUGUCCCUGGACCCCCUCCUGUAGAACCUACCUCUGUCCCUCGACCCUCUCCUGUUUCUUCAGCCACCCCUACCCUCAGCCUUGGUCUAGGCAGUCCAGGGACAGCUGCUGCGGGUCCUGGUCUCGCUGAGCUGCAGAGGCAGCUGAUGUCCAACCCUGAGCUGCUGGCCCAUAUUAUGGACAGUCCCUUGGUCCAGGGCAUGCUGUCCAACCCAGACAUGAUGAGACAGCUCAUCAUGGCCAACCCCCAGAUGCAGCAGCUGCUGCAGCACAACCCCAACAUCACCCACCUGUUCAACAACCCUGACGUCAUGAGACAGACCCUGGAGAUAGCACGGAACCCGACCAUGAUGCAGGAGAUGUUGCGCAACCAGGACAGGGCACUAAGCAACAAUGCCCUCCGCAGGAUGUACACUGAUGCUCAGGGACCCGUGCUGAAUGCUGCUGCUCAGGAACAGAUUGCAGGAAACCCUUUUGCUUCUCUGAUGACCUCAUCAUCAGGGGAAACCCAGUCACCACAGGUGGAAAAUGGAGACCCCCUCACCAACCCCUGGGUUCCCCCUGCUUCCACAGACACCCCUACAGGCACCGCCACACCCACCACUACCCCCACCCAGUCCAGCAAUGGCCCUCAGACCACCCUGCACAACCUAGGUCCCGCCAUGGGAGCAGGUAUGUUCAAUAGUUCGGGCAUGCAGAGUCUUCUGCAGCAGAUCACGGAGAACCCCACGCUGAUGCACAACAUGCUGUCAGCCCCCUACAUGAGGAGCCUACUCAACAGCCUGAGCCAGAACCCUGACCUAGCAGCACAGAUGAUGCUGAACAACCCACUGUUUUCUGGGAACCCUCAACUGCAGCAGCAAAUGAGACAACAACUCCCAAUGUUCCUCCAACAGAUGCAGAACCCUGAGAUGCUGUCGGCCAUGUCCAACCCCAGGGCCAUGCAGGCACUGCUGCAGAUCCAACAGGGACUGCAGACCCUUGCCACCGAGGCACCUGGAUUCAUACCAGGGGUUGGACUGGGAGGCGCCGGCUCAGAUCUUAACCCUGCCCCUGGAUUGUCAUCAGACCCCGCCCCUAGUGACCUCAGCUGUGGGUCCCAGGUAGUCACGGAAACGGGUCAGCGGCAACAACAACAGUUUGUGCGUCAGAUGCUAGACGCUCUCGCUAGCACCAAUCAGCAGGCUCAGACUGAAGAGCUGCCUUUCCAGCAGCAGGUGGAGCAGCUGACGACCAUGGGCUUCCUCAACCCAGAGGCCAACCUGCAGGCCCUCAUCGCUACCGGGGGAGACGUCAACGCUGCCGUAGAACGACUGCUGGACUCGCCACCCUUGUAAUACACACACACUUCACACGUGCACAUACAAUUAACAAAUUCACGUGCGCACUCACUUGUACAAUCAUGCAGUUGUACGAUCAGAUGCUUGCACAUUCUUCACUCACAGAGAACUAGUGAAACAUGCACUCCUGAAUGCCAUUUAUAUUGUAUAUGUAAGCUGCUGAACUGUGAAGUGCAGGCCUGUCUGUGCUGUAUGUUCUGAAUGGCCUUAGUUGGUUCAGGCUCUAAUCUGGAUCAUGCUGGCUUCUGCCAUAUUCCUUUAUGCACUAAGAGAGUCCCAUCCUAAGAGAGUCCCAUCCUAAGAGAGUCCCAUCCUAAGAGAGUCCCAUCCUAAGAGAGUCCCAUCCUAAGAGAGUCCCAUCCUAAGAGAGUCCCAUCCUAAGAGAGUCCCAUCCUAAGAGAGUCCCAUCCUAAGAGAGUCCCAUCCUAAGAGUCCUUCCAAGGCUCUAAGAGUGAAUAUGCUGCUAGUCUCGCAUCAAGAUGUAUUUCCCUGCUGCUACCAAGGCCUUAAACCCAAAUCAGGAUGCUAAUAUAACCCAAGGGUUCCCUACUGGUGACCCUUGAGAGCAUGUGUAUAGCAGUCUUAGUUAUAUGUGUAAUGUUAACAGACUGCAUUCAUAAUGCACUAAAUGCUAUGUGUUCUUUUUGCCACUUCAUUAUGGUAUAGACUAGGGGAGGCCAGUUUUACCACUUCAUUAUGGUAUAGACUAGGGGAGGCCGGUUUUACCACUUCAUUAUGGUAUAGACCAGGGGAGGCCAGUUUUACCACUUCAUUAUGGUAUAGACUAGGGGAGGCCGGUUUUACCACUUCAUUAUGGUAUAGACUAGGGGAGGCCAGUUUUACCACUUCAUUAUGGUAUAGACUAGGGGAGGCCAGAGGGAGGUGCUCAUUUUGGAAGUGGGCUGCUCAAUUGACUGUUACAUGGAGCCGGCCUUUGCUGACAAGUUUCUUCAAUAGCAGCCCCUCGUCUCACGCUUGCACAGCCUUGGAUAUGAGUGCAAGCUUGUAGCACUGAUAUUGAUGUAGCAGUGAUGUCCAAUCAAGAAUAAGUGCGCCUGUGGCUUUAGAUUUAUUCCCAUUUGAUAAUACAAUGACUCACUAUGUAGCUCUAUUUACCUCUAUGUAGCUCUGUGCAUUUUAUUAACUCUUACAAAAUGUACUUUUGACUUACGUGUUAUUUCAUGGUUAUUAUAGGUUGUUUUAUUGUCUAAUGUUCAAACCCUCAUAGUAUGUUCUUUAUGCUCCUACGGUUAGGCUUAUAUGUGGAGGAUGAAGUGUUUUUUUCUUUCUAAACCCCAUGUUUCAUAUUUUUCAUGUCUUUAAUGUAUUCAUUGUACAAUUUUAAUGUAUUAAUUGUACUGCACCACUGAAACUGGCUAGUGUGACAAAAACAAUGUGCUCUGUCCACCACUGGAGGGCACUGUUGACUCAACUCUUCUGCCUCGAGGGAAAAUAUACAAUUCAGGAGCCAUUGAAGUACUUACUGUACAUGCAAAAAACUGGAGCAGGAAGGAAAUCUUAAUAAUAUACCUGAAUGGAUAGAGUAGAAUCUUUAGAGUGCUCAGCAAAGCAAUUACUGAAGUCACUUUCUUAGCACAUUGCUAGUACGGUGAUGAUACCAACUGCCUUGGAAAAUUGUAGCCUUCAUCUUUUUGGUUUUAGCAUUUAAUUUGUAUUCAUUCUCCUGUGUGCUGGUUAAUAAAGUGAAA